AUGACCGCCUCUCGCUUGAGCCAGCUCCCAGAAGAGCUCUUGCAAGACAUUCUCGAGAGGCUACUACAAUCCGAUCUGUACUCCCUCAAUCUAGCCUCACGAUGGUGCUACCAGGUCGCCACUCCGCUGAUCUGGAAAUCAGUCGAGCUCGUGGACUGCAAGACCGAGCAUGAUGAUGGCGUCGAUGAUCACGAUGACACGCCACUUAUCAGGAAGUUCCUGCUCUUCAUCAAGAAGCCUGAGAUAGCGGCUUGUGUUCAGACCUUGACGCAUCGAUGUCACCUGCCGCCACCGGCCAUCUUCCAGGAGCUUCCAUAUGUCGCGUUCAGUGGCAGCACACUUUCAGCGGAUCCUAGAACAAUCAAGCUAGUCGCACUCGCCGUCAAGGAGUUGAAGAAUGUCACUACUUUACGGAUUGUGUUUGGCCAUCCGAAUCUGACUGAUGCGCUCCUGCGCUGCUUCUUCGACUGCGAGCGUACUCGGGAAGGAGCUGGGUGUGCUCGCAUUCGCAAGCUCUGGCUCGAGAACUGCCGAAUCAGCAAUGGCCUCUGUCUCAGUCUUCCAUAUCAUCCCUACCAUUUGCCCUUGGUCCUGGAUUUGUCUGGGCUGGAGUCUGUUCGCUUCCGUCGACUACCCAUUCGUCCAAGAUCGUAUGACAGCGGGCAUGCCCCUAGCUUCAUGUACAACUACUCAAGAAGUGGUUUGUCGAGGCCAUUACAGGAUGGAUGUGGAAGUAUGUACACGACCAUGACAUCGACAUUGUCUGAGGACUUCAAGAUUGGUCGUCAUCACAUUCUGCGACUAGAGCUGCAAGACCUUGCACAGCAACCAACUCUAUCCCCAGGAGAGUACCGUCAGCUGCACCAGACUCCAAAAUACUCACCCCUGGACUCGCUCUUCGCGAGGACAAUUGUCUUGGACGACAGAAUCUAUAAGUCUAUAUCUGAGACUACAGACUUGCCCUUGAAGGCGAAGUGGGCUCACAUGCUCGGGCACCGUACUCGUGCUGUCAAUGCAUAUCGAGGCACUUGGCUCGACCCAGACUCUUCAACUGAUCUUGCAAGCCGUCCAUGGGAAGAGGCAUUUGACGCAAGCGACGACAACGUGAUCGUUCGUAGCCAGCUCUGGGAGAGAAUGCAGCGAGAGAAGAUGCCGUCUUCUGACGUGGCUAUUGUCAUGCUUCAAAGUGUCAGGAGCACUCUUACGUCGCUCAACCUCGACUGGGUCCUCAGCAUCCCUCACCUGCGGAUUGGUGCUUCGAAAGACCCGGCGUUCCUGGCUUCAUGGUCAUACAUGUUCCUCAGCCUCUUCGAGUGCCGCUUCCCGCAUCUGAGAGCAUUUCAACUCCGGAACAGUGUCGUACCUGACACAAUCUUACCCCCGGCGCUGUACCUCCUCGAUCGGUCAUUCACGACGUUCCGCGAUCCUACGAACGCCACAAUGUCCGGCAAUAUCGACGCAACUUCGUCCUUCGAUCUUGCUGGUCUGCGAUUUAUGGAGGCGCACCCGAACAUCCAAUGCCUUGCUUGGCCAAUGGAUCACUUCUUCUCGCCUCGACCUGUGACUGCAGACAUCAAGAGUCGAGUCGAAGCCGUGGUCGACAAUCUCGGUCGUACUCUCGUUGAACUACGAGUUGACACAAUCUACAGUGGGAGUGGAGAGGUACAGACCGAAGAAACCUGGUGUCAAGACAGAAGCGCUCGUGACAGCAGGCGCAGAUUCAUCACUGACUUUGCAAGCAAGAUGAACAUGCUGAAGACGAUCAAAGUCGAAGGUGGCAUGCCUCGUGACGAGAGAAGAGAGAUCAUUCGAGCUCUCCAUGCGUGCCCACUUACCAAGAUCGUUAUGAUCGGAGUAUGCAGUCCGCUGGGAAACAGUUGGGGCUUGGAUGGAGCUGACGCUGUCGACGUCGUACGAGAGGAUGAUAACGAGGGACUUGAGGCAGAAGACAAGGCCACAAUGUUCGCACUGGGCCCUUCGAAGCUUCAACCACCACCGGAAGACUACGUAUACACGCCGCAGUGGGACUGCAAGGCCCUGCCUCCAAUGAUGCACACACUGGCCUCUUACCAUGCAGACACCGUGAAGGAGCUGAAGUUCUGCGGAUACAAAGGGUGCUCCAUCCUUUUCUCACCUACGCCAAUCACAGUACCUCUGCUUUCCAGCCUGAAGCACUUCCACAACCUAGACUCGAUCAUAAUGAGCAUGUGGCUCACGACGCUCUGGGAAGGCUCAAAUCGCGACAGCGAAGUCAUUUCUUAUUGGACCAACAUGCGAUCCCCCGCCUCAACAGCUCUCGUUAUGAUCACAGACGACGAGCCUGAAGGCUGGGAACGGGAGCUUAAGAUGAGAUUCGCACCUGCUGCUCUCGCGUGGCGGGUCACAAACUUUAUCGGACCUUACCUCAGCGAGAGUGCCAAGCAGCGCAAGGGAGGCGUACAUGUUAGAGCGAGCUUUUGUAUCGGGGAGUGCGGCAUCUUCGAUGUCGAUAUUGCGGUGGGCAAAGGGGCGGUGAACAGUGAUGUGUGUUUGUGGUAUAAGGGACCUAGAGAGGAGAUGGAGCCGGAGAGGAGGACGGCGAAGCUGGAUGCGAGAGGGUGGUUCUGA